AGCACCACCAGCGUGACUUCUGCCACAAUGACGACCAGCACUUCGACUCGCAGUAGCAGAACCAGCACCACAACCGCGUCCACUGGCACCGUGACCACAAGCAGCAUGACUUCCUCCACUACCGCGCACACCACCACCUUCGCCACUACUUCCCGGACGAGUGCCACCACCGUGACCACAAGCAGCAGGACCAGCACCACGACUCCGCACACCUCCAGCCUGUCCAGCACCAGUCUGACCAGCACCAGCCUGACCAGAACCAGCACCACUGUCAGCAGCACCUCUGCGUCCAGUACCAGCUCAACCCUGUCUACUACCACUACGCCGCUGUACGUUGUAAGCAGUUCCAUAACAUUUGCAAGCUCAGGCACGCAAGACAAUGUAACAACUAUCGUGUCUGCUCAUCUCCUGGGUCUGUAUGGCAUAGAACCCGAUCAACUCUCGACAUCCGUAGAAGUCGUCUCUCCCAUAAGCCGGUCGUCCAGCUCUUCGUAUGUUGUCGAUUUUGAGAUUGUCGCCCCAAUAAAUGAUGCCACACAAAUCUUCGAUAUUACAAGCCAGGCUGCUAAUGUUACGUCUAAUUUCUCAGCUUUCCUGCAAGCGAGCUGGAGGCAACAGGAGUUGCAGUUACAGUGCCACAAAUCAAGAUUAUUACUGCCACCCAGACAACAGUGAGCGUGACAGCGACCAGCACAACGGCGACCAAUACCACCACUGGGACCACUGCCACCAUGACCAGCACGGCUACCCAUACCAGUGCCACCAUGACCAGCAAGACCACUACCGGGUCCACUGCCACCAUGACCAGUGCCACCAUGACCAGCAGCACCUUCACCGGGUCCACUGUCACAAUGACGAUCACCACUGCAACCAGCACCAUUACCCUGAUCUUUGUCACAAUGACUAGCACCACUACCCUGACGAUCACCACUGCAACCAGUACCACACCCUCGACCAUCAUGACCAGCACCGCAACUGCCAGCAUCACCUCGACCAUUACCACGAUCACCACCACCACCCUUUUCGGUGUAACCACCGGGUUGACGACACAGAAAGGCAUCACCACGCUACUUUGGUCUGUGAGGGCCUCAAUGGAGUUCGUUAGCUCUGGCACGCAAGAACAGGUGGAGAGUGCGGCGUCGGCUGCUUUGGCUGAACAUUACGAGGUGCCCUUGAGUAUUGUGACCGUGACGGCCAGGGAGCUCACAAGCUUGAAUACGGCCAGGGAGCUCUCAAGCUUGAAUUCUUGGACGGUCUAUUAUACGAUAGUUGCAGAUGAAGACACCAUUGACAGAGUAUUCGAUUCUGCGACUGAGCUAUUCGACGGAACCGACGAUUCGCUCGCCGCUCUUCUGACGACCGCUUUGGCAACUGAGGGAAUUGAGAACGACGGCCAUGUUCAGGUAACCUACGGCCAGCCCGAAAAAUUGGUUGUCCCAACCUCGACGUUGGAUCUCGUGACGACAACGACGGGAGAAGCAAACGCCUACCUCGUGGUCGUCGUGGGCACCUUGGUUAGCGUGAUCCUCGUCUUAUGUGGUCUGGCCCUCUGCUUCAUGAGGUAUUCCAAGCUGCGCAAAAACCAGCAGCGGGCCCAGGAGGAACGGCACGACAUAAUCCUAUCCAUGGACGUUCCCGAGAGCAGCCUUUCGGAGGACGGCCCAUUGGAGCGCGGCCUAGCUCGGGGCAACGACCAUGGCGUGGACAUGGGGCCGAGGCUCAUCGGGCGGACGCCGCGGCGGUGUGGCCCGGUGCCGUCAUCGGCCCGUUCACGCAGCCCGCGCUCUCCACUCUCCGUGUAGUCGGAAACUGGAACAUGUACAGUACCAGUGGCGGGCUGUGUUUCAAUCCAAGGACUUUUGUAGGGUCGGGGGCAAAGAGGUGCGGCUCCGCACCAGGAUGCCGAGCAUUGAUUGACUUCUAUGCUGGGCCCAUCUCAAGUCCUCGGCCGGAUGCUCCGUCGGUAGCAGCCGUACGUCAUCGCGUUCUUCUCAACCCGGUGGCGAGACCAUCCUUUGCCGUGGGUGGCACUGCUCCGGUCGGAGCUUCCAGAUGACGUUGCGGCCGGGCUCGACGCUGCGGACAACAGGUCUCGCCUCGCCGCCCGCCGGGACGGCCGCUCCCACGACCUAGCCGCUGGCGCGGCACAGCGCGCUGACGGCAGGGUGGUUGGCAGAUCAUCUUGGCAACCGAUCUGUAUUUCUGCCAUCCAGGCCGUUGUCCCGCAGUCUCCCCCCACACCUAUUGUACAGGUGCGUGCUGUGCCGCAGCGAAUGUAUACAUAUAACGUAUGCUACGUACGCGCGGGCGUGUCAGGUUGCUGGGCCGACUUGCAGGGGAGCUCCGUUUACGCGGACCUUGCCAUUUUUUUUCAGCAGCGGGCAGCGGGCUACUCGGUAUGCCACUCGCGCACGGCGGGCCGACUGGCAGUCCGCUUGCGGACAUCAUUUUUUUUUGCUUGCAACGACAGUUUUGCCUUCGAGUUCCCGCUCGAAACCUGUGGUAAGGAUUGGUAUCCUCAAAGAACCUACGUCGACGGAACGCGAAACUGUUCCAGAGUGAGCCCGGUAGUACUUCUCACCUUCGGCCGACCUUAUGUCCCCAUGGUAUAUACCCAAUUCUGGGUAAUGUUUUUCUCAAUUGUCACGCUUUGCUCUGCGAUGAGUGCAGGUUGAGCUAUUGUGAAGGCCUGCCUUGGGUCGAGCUCCCGAACCCCGCUACCCCAAAGAUGGUUUAUGGUUUUGUUGUAGCACGCCUUGUUCUGCGAUGAGAGCAGGUUGCGUUGUUGCGCUACAGAUUUUUCUCCCUGCGAUCCCGAUGGGCAAUAUGCGUGACACCGUCUCAGGUGGCUAUUCGUGCCGAAGCACGUUGCCAGCGUGGGGCCGAUCAUGCCGAUACAUAGUGCCGCCCCAGAGAGAGAG